AUGAGUGGUCUGGUCCAGGAUGCGUACCGGUUCAUCUUGUACCACCGAGCAGCAAUCGAGAACAGCCCCCUCCAGGCGUACGUUUCGGCCCUGGUAUUCAGCCCACCGCGGAGUACGAUCCAGCAGCUGUUCCGGCACGAGAGGCCCAAGAAUAUCGCGAUGGCGCCGGCGAUGGGAGAUGACUGGGAUGCGCAUACCGGCGCCUGCCUGCAGACGCUGGAGAGCCAUGAUGGCUGGGUCCACUCAGUGGUGUUCUCCCACGACAGCAGCCGCGUCGCGUCCGGGUCGGACGACAAGACAAUCAAGAUCUGGGAUACGCAUACCGGCGCCUGCCUGCAGACGCUGGAGGGCCAUGACGGCUUGGUCAGAUCAGUGGUGUUCUCCCACGACAGCAGCCGCGUCGCGUCCGGGUCUUGGGACUGGACGAUCAAGAUCUGGGAUGCGCAGACCGGCGCCUGCCUGCAGACGCUGGAGGGCCAUGAUGGGGCAGUCAACUCAGUGGUGUUCUCCCACGACAGCAGCUGCGUCGCAUCCGGGUCGGGUGACAGCACGAUCAAGAUCUGGGAUGCGCAUACCGGCGCCUGCCUGCAGACGCUGGAGGGCUAUGAUGGGACAGGCUGGGUCCACUCAGUGGUGUUCUCCGACGACAGCAGCCGCGUCGCGUCCGGGUCGGACGACAAGACAAUCAAGAUCUGGGAUGCGCAGACCGGCGCCUGCCUGCAGACGCUGGAGGGCCAUGAUGGGGCAGUCUACUCAGUGGUGUUCUCCCACGACAGCAGCCGCGUUGCGUCCGGGUCAGGCGACAGCACGAUCAAGAUCUGGGAUGCGCAUACCGGCGCCUGCCUGCAGACGCUGGAGGGCCAUGAUGAGACAGUCUACUCAGUGGUGUUCUCCCACGACAGCAGCCGCGUCGCGUCUGGGUCGAGCGACAGCACGAUCAAGAUCUGGGAUGCGCAUACCGGCGCCUGCCUGCAGACACUGGAGGGCCAUGAUGAGACAGUCUACUCAGUGAUGUUCUCCCACGACAGCAGCCGCGUCGCGUCCGGGUCGAGGGACAAGACAAUCAAGAUCUGGGAUGCGCAUACCGGCGCCUGCCUGCAGACGCUGGAGGGCCAUGACGGCUUGGUCAAAUCAGUGGUGUUCUCCCACGACAGCAGCUACGUCGCGUCCGGGUCUUGGGACUGGACGAUCAAGAUCUGGGAUACGCAGACCGGCGCCUGUCUGCAGACGCUGGAGGGCCAUGAUGGGGCAGUCAACUCAGUGGUGUACUCCCACGACAGCAGCCGCGUCGCGUCUGGGUCGAGCGACAGAACGAUCAAGAUCUGGGAUGCGCAUACCGGCGCCUGCCUGCAGACGCUGGAGGGCCAUGAUGAGACAGUCUACUCAGUGGUGUUCUCCCACGACAGCAGCCGCGUUGCGUCCGGGUCAGGCGACAGCACGAUCAAGAUCUGGGAUGCGCAUACCGGCGCCUGCCUGCAGACGCUGGAGGGCCAUGAUGAGACAGUCUACUCAGUGGUGUUCUCCCACGACAGCAGCCGCGUUGCGUCCGGGUCGGGCGACAGCACGAUCAAGAUCUGGGAUGCGCAUACCGGUGCCUGCCUGCAGACCCACGGUAUGAAAUAUCCUGUGAGCAAUCUUUCUUUCGACGCCACCGGCUCUUCUCUUCACACUGACAUUGGAAUUGUCGCCCUUCGCGACUCGCUGACACCUGCCCCUACCACUUCGAAAGAGCUUCUCCCUUCAGAAUCCCAGUCACUGCCGGCCACUCAACAGUCGCAACCCCCUGAGCACUUAGGAUACCGUAUCAGUUCCGAUCGGUCCUGGAUCACACGGUGUUCACAAAACUGGCUAUGGCUGCCUCCCAUGUAUCGCCCAAGAUGUUCGGCUGUAGGCCAGUCUGGGUUGGUCUUGGUGCUUGGCUGCCAGUCUGGGCGCGUCCUGAUCUUUGGAUUCAUAGCUGAGGAUUACAACUGA